UCCAGGCAGCACACAGCAGUGUAUUCCCCAUCCCAGUACCCCACUGUUACAGUGAGACAACAUGGCUGAGAAAGACCCAGAGGGGAUUAUAGCUACAGACCCCAGCAACAAUGAUGAUAGAAAAUGCCUUAUUAUCCGGAAGCUUCUGAAGUUCAACCCUAAAGAAGUGUUUACGUGGCAGCUGGUGAAGACAGUUGCUAUGGGUCAGGGUUUGGCUGCUCUCAUCUGCGGCACAGCAGUAACAUCCCAGUACCUGGCUUCAGACUACCAUGUGGACGCGCCCAUGCUUCAGAGCUUUAUGAGCUACACACUGCUCUGCCUCACCUACACCACCGCUCUGCUGUUCAGAACAGGGGAUGAAAAUAUGUUUCCAAUUUUAAAGAAGAGGUGGUGGAAGUAUCUCCUACUAGGCUUGGUGGACGUCGAGGCUAACUACACUGUGGUUAAGGCUUACCAGUACACCACACUCACCAGUAUACAGCUCCUGGACUGUUUUGUGAUCCCUGUGUUGAUGAUACUCUCCUGCUGGUUCCUGAAGACGUGCUACAGACCUGUGCACUACGUCUCUGUGUGUGUCUGUCUGCUGGGGGUGGGGGCCAUGGUGGGAGCUGACCUACUGGCUGGACGAGACCUGGGAUCCACCUCAGACAUUCUGCUAGGUGAUGGCUUGGUCCUGCUCAGUGCCAGUCUAUAUGCUGUGUCUAACGUGUGUCAGGAGUACACCGUCAAACACCUCAGCAGAGUGGAGUUCCUAGGCAUGGUUGGCCUGUUUGGCACACUCAUCAGUGGCAUACAACUGGGCGUUCUGGAGCAUAACAAUGUGUCAAACAUUCAAUGGGACUGGAGAAUUGGCCUGCUGUUUGCUGGCUAUGCCCUGUGUAUGUACACCCUGUACAGCUGUAUGCCCAUAGUGGUUAAGAAGACCAGUGCUACAGCAGUCAACCUCUCCCUGCUCUCUGCAGACCUCCUCAGCCUCUUCUGUGGCCUGUUUCUCUUUCAAUACACGUUCUCAGGUUUGUACAUGGUGUCUCUGGUGAUCAUCCUAGUCGGCUUCGUCGCAUUCAACACCGUGGCAACUACCCCUGACCCUGCAGACCCCAUCGCCCCCUCCGUGGGCUGGGAGGAGGGCGGCUACGACAACCCUGAUGACAUCAUCGAAGAAGUGGUGGUGGCGGUUUUGGAAGAGGAAGAGGGUGAACACACAGGGGUGUCAUGGAAUCAGAGAACACAGAAUAAGGAAGUACCGGCAGAGGGACGGAGUACCAAGAUGUGAUCUGAUCUACUAGACGAGCACUUCCCAACUGUCUAUAGCUGUUAAACUCCUUGUCUCCUUUCUUUAAUUUGUGCCAUUCUAAUACAUCUACAGAUUGACAGGUGUAUAUAUGUACAGUAUAGGUGUGUUGUAAUAUUUGUCCACUAGUUGACUUGGCAGGAAGAAUAAUAAAUGUUUUAUUCCACA